CCCGUGUGUUCUCUGAGGAGGGGAGGAAGGUGGGCGCCUGCGGUCUGCUUGGUUCGAGGCUCCUUACUGGGCUCCCCCGAUCGCUCGGUUUUCCAGAGGGAAAUCUCGGCGGUGGCGGAGCCUUCCCGGGUCGGGCCUCCCCUUCUUUGCCCCUCCUGUGCUGCAGUGACCCCGUUCCUAAGUGACCAGCAGCCCGGCGCCAUGUCUCGUCCACCCCCCGAUGUCGCCACUGAUGACUGUCUCCGAAGUUAUAACUACCUCUUCAGCCCAGAUAUCCUUCGUGACAAAGUGGCCUUUAUCACUGGAGGAGGCUCAGGAAUUGGGUUCCGAAUUGCAGAAAUUUUUAUGCGGCACGGCUGCCAGACGGUCAUUGCUAGCAGAAAUCAACAAAGGGUGUCCGAUGCUGCCAAGAAGCUGAUUGCUGCUACCGGCCAGCAGUGCCUUGCACUGUCUCUGGAUGUCCGGGAUCCUCAGACUAUUACUGUUGCAGUCGAUAAGGCUCUGAAGACAUGUGGCAAGAUUGACAUUCUCAUCAAUGGUGCAGCAGGUAAUUUUUUGUGUGCAGCCAGCAACAUUUCCUUCAAUGCAUACAAAACUGUUAUCGAUAUCGAUACAAUUGGUACCUUCAACGUCUCCAAAGUCAUGUUUGAGAAGUACCUCCGGGACCAUGGUGGUGUGAUCAUUAACAUCACUGCUACCCUGGACUACCGAGGGCAGGUGCUCCAGGUGCAUGCAGGCACUGCCAAGGCAGCUGUGGAUGCAAUGACAAGGCACUUGGCUGUGGAGUGGGGUCACCACAACAUCAGAGUGAAUAGCCUGGCUCCAGGCCCCAUCAGCGGCACUGAAGGGAUGCGUCGACUCGGUGGCCAAAAAACCAACUGGGAUAGAAAUAUUUUGAGAAGCCCUCUCCAAAGAUUGGGGAACAAGACUGAGAUUGCCCAUGCUGCACUGUACUUGGCCAGCCCCUUAGCAUCCUUUGUGACAGGCACAGUCCUGGUGGUGGAUGGUGGGAGCUGGCUGACUUCUGCCAACGAUUCCAUGAAGUUGUUGGGGAUUGAAACUUACCCUUCCAAACUAUAGGUAGCUGCCUUGCUGAGAUAAAUGCAGGAGGAUUCCUCGCUCAGACCUGCUCUUUGAUCCAGUGCUACAGCUUUCUCCCAGAAGCCUUUCCUGUCCUUUUCUCCACUUGAUUCCCUCUGGCAUGCCAAGCUAUUUCAAGGCAAAGCUGUAGGGUGCUGAAUCUAACAAACCUAUUUCUCACAGCCCUUCCACUCAUAGGGGUUUUCUGGCAAAAAAGCCUAGUGAAUCUAGAAACAUCCUCUCCUUUCUAGUGGCCCCAUUACUGAUGCUACCAGGCAGGUUAUGGGGGCCAAUUUGUUGAGCUGCUGGUAAGAUAAUCUUUAAUUAGGGGGUAGGACUGGAUUGGGUUCAAACAAACAAAACUUGAAAUGCAUUAAAUCUGUAUUUCUUAUGCCCUUGGAACAAAGGGCUCCUAUUGGAAAGAUGUCAGCCUCCUCUCCCAACCUUUAGUGCUGACUAACCUGCUGGGAACAUUGCUCAAAACUUGCCUAGUAAUAAGAGCCUCAUUUAAACCUGGGUUAUCUUUGCUUGUUCUUUCUAAGGAUAAAAAAGAUGACUGUGAUGAAAUGAGUGCCAGGCCAAAAUGACCAGAACUUCAGGUUCCUACCAUAACUUGGACUCCUUCAUUCCAAAGACCUAGGAUCAGCUCUUGAAUUUGCUUCCUAAUCCAAACUGGGCCUUCAGGUUCUCUAAACUUUGGGGAGGGGAGGAAAGGAUCAUUAGACUAGACUUUAUCAUAGACAAAAGGAAAAAGAAAAUUGAUGCUGUUAAUAAUCCAGGUCCAAAUCCCUCUUCUGUCCAAACUCUGGAGUAUUGCUUCAACUGUUCCCUUUGCUUAGUGUAGUCUUGACCUUUUUCUUUGGAAGGGGAGAGUACAACAGGAAGGAAUGAAGUGUGACUGGAUCUACUCUGGCCUCCCAGACUUACCUGGAGCCCUUUUCCCACCAUUCAAACACUACCAGCUGAGAAUUGCUUAUGGCAAAGUGAGACUUAAUAAUACACAGUGGUGUUUUAUAAGGGCUUGGAGGAAGUGAUAUCUCUUUUUGGGCAGAAUCCACCCCUUCCUGGGGCAUGCUAAUAGAAUAUUAACAGAAGCAUCCCUCCUGGGUUGCAUAUAGAUUUUGCAAGGGGUUAUUCACAAGCUCUUGGUAACUGGGAGAUGCCAGCAGCAGAUAGGUUGCUCUGACUCAAAGCUAAUUAGGGCUAGGUGUGGGGAUGGGGUAGGGCUAGCUGGGAGAGUGAGUGAUUGCAUUAAUUCAUUAAUUCCCUGUGAUGCCGACUGCUUCAAACAUAAUAGUAGCAAGCUCUUCAAAUGCAGCGAGCUUUUGAUUAUUCUGGGGACAGUUACCUAGACCUAUGCUUUCUUAUUCCUCCAGCUUCCUCCUGCUUGCCAUUUUCCUGCAUAAUAACACCUCUACCCCUGUCUGGGCACGGACUAGGGAAAUAGCCCCCUGGUUUAAUUACUUACAAAGUUUUGUACUGAACUUAUUGACCACAGUGGCAUUUUGCAGCAACUUUGGAAGUGUUUUGUCCAUGCAUUCUUGUGUGAAGAACUUGCCAAAGGGGAACUGAAUUUAUACUAUUUGUUUAAAUCAGGCUGGGCCCUUUUACCUUCAGUAUAGCAGCGGGAGACUGUUGUACCAGCCUUUUCUCAAAUCCUCUCUUUUCCCUUCCUGUUUCCUGUCCCCCAGUACUCACUAUCCCCAGGUCCAUUGGGGCAGCCGAUGCUAGUAGCAUCAGCCUGGUAAUGGGUUCCAUCCGCCGUGUAUCAUUGAUUUUUGCUACAUUAAUCCUGUUUUUACCUAGAAAUUUGUUUUUCAGAGAUCUUUUUUUCCUUGGUGCCUUAUGCCACAACUUUCAAGUAUAGGACAUUGUAAUAGUGGGAAGUACAUCUUCCUCUCUUCCUUAUGGUGCAAGGCUGAAUUAUGACACCUCCCUAGGGUCUGAUGUUUUGUUUAGGAAAGAUUCAGAAUGUUGGAUGAGGAACACAUAUAAAUGAUUGAAUAUGCUGUUUUUCUCUUUGUAUCCUGGUCAUAGAUGGAGGGGGAAGUUUACAAAAAAAAAGUUGAGAUAAAUAAUAAAUUAAUAAAAUCUUUUAUUUGUUUAA